GAGCGCCGUUCAGUGGUCGGAGGAAUCAUAGGGACUCGCCUUAUCCGCACCAUGCUGGCCAUUGGUUUGCUCCGUAAUCAAUCUCCAUCAUCAAUCUUCACGAUCGCCGAUUUUGAAACUGUGCUGGCUCGAUUGCUGGGUUUGCCUUAAUCGUGCAUCUCGCGAAUUGGGUCUCGGUUGGUUGUUUCACGUGUUAACCAGAACCGCAUUGCACGAAUGUCUUAGAGCUUCUGAGGCUGUGGGAUGAGUUUUUGAGAGUUUGCUAGGCGUGCUCUGUUGAGUCAAGAAGCAGAGAGAGCGAGAGAGACAUCGAGAGUGAGAGGUUUUCGUUGAAGUGUGGUGUGGGAGAGAGGUAGCAAUGACAGCAGCUAUGGUGUCUGGGGCGGUAGCUGCUGCGUCGUCCUCUCAGCUUCUAGGGGGCUGCUCUCAGGAAGGGGGACGAGUUGCGCAGGAGAUUUCGCAGAUGGCGAGGUUUGGUAGUCAGAGUAGAGGCUUUCAGGCGGUGGCUAUGAGGAGAGGAACUGAUACCCGGCAUGCCUCUAGUCCGGCAUUGGUUCAUGUCGUGCGAGCGAACUUGGCGCAGCAAAUGAAAAGGAUGCAGGCGGCUGAGAGGCGAUGGGAAUCUCAGGUGAAAGACGGAAGAGUGAAAUCAAUGUCUCCGAAAGAAGCAGGUUUUGCCGUUAAAAGUGGUGAAUACACCUUCCUGGAUGUCCGCCCUUCAAAUGAGCGUGCGAAGGCCUCAGUGAAAAACUCAACUUGGAUUCCUAUGUAUGACGUGAACAAGCAUGGUGAUCCUGGAACUCUAUACAAGAAAGUUCAGAACUUAGCAAUGGGGGGUUGGUGGAGUGGGCAAGCAUUGAUGAAGUACAACGAACGAUUCAUGCCUGAUGUUGUUGCGACGAUACCAAAGAGUGCGAAAGUCGUUGUUGCUUGUCAGAAAGGUCUUCGGUCAUUGGCAGCCUGUGAACAAAUGUACAAAGUGGGGUAUAGGAAUUUAUACUGGCUGAAUGGAGGCCUUGAUGCUGUUGAUGAAGGGGACCUUGAGAGAGAAGGUCCGCAACCUUUCAAACUUGCAGGCAUCGGAGGGAUGUCAGAGUUUCUUGGAUGGACCGAUGUGCAGAGAACUGAGGCUGCUAACCUGGGGUUUGGGUACCGUGCCAUGCUGUUCGGCAGAGUGGUCAUGCUCAUGCUAGCUGUGGACAUGUUUUUCUUCGGAUCCCAACAGCUUGCUCAAUUCUUUGCAUACCUUCGGCAGUGAAACCGUCCACUCGACAAGUUUCGUACCAAGAUGCAUAUUCUACCCAAUUUGGGUAUCAAAGAACAAAUUCCAGACGCUGGCCUGAACUGGAGGCCACUCUCCACCACCUUGUACGGUGUGAAAAGCGCGUGGUGUCUUGCUUACUCCUUUUCAUCGCCUUCAAAGAGUCCACAGCGACAGGACUUCGCCUGCAGGCUGCUACUCACUGGAUUGUGUAGAUGCUAUUCUUUUUCUUCCAUGUUGAGGAUGCAGUUAGGAGCUUAUAGCCACUGCAAAGUCCUUAAUGAGUUUUGCUUGUUGGUCAUCACACCGGGAAGGUCAUAUAUGAGAGGUCGGACGUGUAGAACAGGCAAGUGUUAUCUCUAUCUUUGAUCUGUAUGUGUAAGACAACACGUUAGAUAUUGCCAUACUCUCAGAAUCUAAGCUGAUAGUUGCGAACUGCAACAAUUCAUGGUUACUCCAAUACGUUUUGUACCUCCUGUGCUUCCGCAGAUGUCGGGAAAUGCACUGUAAAGGGUGGGAGUGGGUUCGUACGCUUAUAUCCCUAUUUUGAUACUAAUUUUGACUUCACUUUCUCUAUC